CAGUUCAGUUCCAGUUACUCCGUAUGGGGGUUGUUAUUCGCUCUGUCUAUAUUUGGAUUUAUUUCGUUUAUUAUCCAUGUCGAGCUAUACGGAGUAUGGCGUCGGCUUAUGGACGGUAUGUACUUAUCUCCCUUCUGCUCCUAGGUGAUAACGGAGUAGAUAACUCUUGGAUGGUGACGGAGAAAAGACAUCUGUGCGUGGUGUUUAUUUGGAACCCGUGGUUUUUCCGCCCUGCGGUGCAGCCUUUCCCAGCUAUACUGGGUUAGGACUAGCUUAGCAAUAAGGCAAUAAGUGGCCCGGCUACGGAGUAUUCAACCUUCUGGACAUUAUUGCUUGACACUCUAUCUACAUUUACAGUGACAUAGUGGACAUUCAGCUAUGCACAAUGCGCCAUACUACAUUUAAUAUAUAUGGGAUGACAGGCAAACCCGCCUCCUCCCAGCCCGGAAAGAAACACCAUUUCUUGGUUUACUGGGUGUUGCUGGGACCGACAAGAGCCGAAGGGUAUGGAGCAAGCGCCUCUUCUGCUUUACAACUCCGCAUUAAAGGUGGGGUUGAAGUAUCUAUGAUUAAUUUCUUUUUGAUUCGGACCUCUUCGAAUUGACACAAAGCAUUAGCCUUUCGGGUAAGUGUAGAAUCCACCACCGGUGCCGAUAAGUGGUGUACCCCCCCUUGAAUGGGAAAAGGAGGCAGAAAGCACCCGGAGAGUGAGUGAAUAGGUAGCCUCACCAACUCAUCUCAUCGGAAUGCGUCUAGGUACGAGGUCUUAGACAUAGUAGACCUUGAAACCGGGGAACUGGACGAGAUGGAAACCGCGCUACGUCAUCUGGGGAGGCGGGAUUGCAUCCUUGCAUAGCUGGAUGGGGCGUUGACUCCGACCAGGCGGGUGUGAGGCUGAGAGACCUGUUGAGCUGAAUUGAAGAGAUCUUAAUGGCCCGUCAGAUGUCCCCUAAUGUCACUGACAG